AUGGUGGUGGCAUACUCACCAAAAAUACCAUCACCACCUACUCCAUCUCCAUCUCCAAUUGAUAAUGCGGCUUCACCAAUGCAUAUGGCUCCAUCCCCAGUUGAUGAUGUGGUUUCGCCACCACACACGACCCCGGCUACAUCCACUUCUUGCACCAAGAUGGACGGUUGUGCAUUAGAUUUGAUCACUUCCGUUUUCAAGCUUAGAAUUUCAUUAUCCACUCAAUGCUGCCAAGGACUUUUAACAAUUUCAGAUGAUUGCUUUUACAGAGAGUACACACACACAAAGAGGGUACCAUUUUUCCUUGGAAAAGUGAGAAACUUUUGUAGUCAUGCUGUUAAUAAUGCGGCUCCAUCUCCAUCUCCCGUUGAUAAUGUGGCUUCACCUACUCAUGCGGCUCCAUCUCCAUCUCUAGUUGAUAAUGCGGCUUCACCUACUCAAGCAGCUCCAUACCCAUCCCCAGUUGAUGAUGUUGUUUCUCCAUCGCACAUGGCUCGCUCUUGGGGUCCGGCCCCUUCUCCAAUCACUUCUUGCAUCAAGGUGAACGGUUGUGCAUUCAAUUUGAUCACUUCCGUUUUCAAGCGUAAAAUUUCAUUAUCCACACAAUGCUGCCAAGUACUUUCUACAAUUUCAGAUGAUUGCUUUUACAAAGAGUUCACGCACUCCAAGAGGGUACCAUUUUUCCUACGCAAAGUGAGGAACUAUUGCAGUCAUCAUCAAGCCUGA